ACCGCUCAACACUGCCAGUGCAGGGUUAGCUUGUAUUUAAGAUCACUGCUCAGCUGAGAACCAGGCAAGGCUGUCCUCACCUGUGAACUCGCUAGAACCACAACCGCUUGUAACAAGACCACUAGACUAAUCAACUAUGUCGACCUUUGGCACUCUCUUUCGGGUGACUACCUACGGCGAAUCUCACUGCGCUUCCGUGGGUGCAAUCAUCGAUGGCUGUCCACCGGGAUUGCCCCUCGACUCUCAGGACGUCCAGACUCAGCUGAGUCGUAGGCGUCCUGGCCAGAGCAACCUGACCACUCCGCGUGAUGAAAAGGAUUUAGUCCACCUUCAGUCCGGUAUCGAGCACGGUAUCACCCUCGGCACCCCCAUUGGCCUUCUCGUGAAGAACGAGGACCAGCGCCCCAGGGAUUACUCGGAGACGGACCUUUACCCCCGCCCGAGCCACGCCGACUGGACUUACCUCGAGAAAUACGGUGUCAAAGCCAGCAGCGGUGGUGGUCGCAGCAGUGCUCGCGAAACCAUCGGUCGCGUCGCUGCUGGUGCGAUUGCCGAGAAAUAUCUCAAACUCACCCACGGAAUCGAGAUUGUUGCCUUCGUGUCGUCCGUGGGCAAGGUCAAGCUUCCUUCCACGGUCUCUUCGCCGUCUCAGGCUUCGUCCGAGGAUGACGAUAUUGUCGAGGACUCUCUAAGCCCCGAGUUUGUCAAUCUCCUCAAAACCGUCACCCGUGCCCAGGUUGAUGCUCACCUCACUCGCUGCCCCCACCCCGAGACCGCCGAGCGCAUGACCAAGCGCAUCAUUCGCGCUAAGGAAGCUCAGGAUUCCAUUGGUGGAACGGUCACCUGCGUCAUCCGCGGCGUUCCUUCCGGCCUUGGCGAACCUGUGUUUGAUAAGCUCGAAGCGAAGCUCGGCCAUGCCAUGCUCUCCAUUCCCGCCACCAAGGGCUUUGAGAUUGGCUCGGGCUUCCGCGGAACUGAAGUCCCUGGAAGCAAGCACAAUGAUCCUUUUGUCAGCAAGGCAGAUGGUUCCUUGGGUACGAGCACUAACUGGAGCGGCGGUAUCCAAGGUGGCAUUUCCAACGGCGAGGACAUCUAUUUCAGAGUUGGCUUCAAGUCCCCCGCGACCAUUUCCCAGGCGCAGGAGACAGUCCAGUACGACGGUACCUCGGGCACGCUGGCUGCUCGCGGUAGGCACGACCCCUGCGUCGUUCCUCGCGCUGUUCCCAUUGUUGAGGCCAUGGCCAGUCUUGUUAUCAUAGACCAGCUCCUCAUUCAGAACGCCCGUAAGACAGCUUCUUCGCUUCUGCCUACCAUCACGACCCUGCCGCCCACGAUGGUGAAGCCUGCUAGCUCUGCUUAGAAUGUCAAUAGAGACAGAUAGCCUCAUCUGAUGUGUACAUGAAGUAGUCGUUUAGCGUUGAUUAGCCAGAGUACAACACCAAUAGAGCCGAUAUGAGCUUCGAACUCAGGCGACAGGGGCGCAUGUGAUGCCGCCUGCCGGAUGAAGGCUCCGACUGCUCUCCU